AAUAAUUAACUUUCAUCCGGAGGAGCAACCAAGAAAGGAACGAAAUUUUCAGAAUCUAUUAAGCUGAAUCAAAAUCUUGAAUGACCGAAUAUUUUAGAAGUUCAAUCUUGAAUUCUUGAUUCAGAUCAAUGGAUCGGUUCACAGACGGGAAAGAAUUAUUGUCAUCAACUAAGUGCAAGACAAAAAGUUUACGCUGCGGCGACAACGAUGACCGAAAUUCAGAGCCGCGGAUCCCUCAUGACACAGUAAUCGAAGUGCUCAAGCGUCUUCCGGUCAAGUCCCUGAUGCGAUUCAAAUGCGUGUCCAAGCGCUGGCACUCCACUAUUUCUGAUUCCGGUUUUGCCGACGGGCUCCUCAUUACUUUUACCGACGUAGAUGCUUCAUCCCAACCCGGGCAACCGAUCCAGCGCUUUAUUCGCGUUUCCUCUGAUAAAACACUACAUCACCAGGCAAGCAUAUCACUCGCUGAGCACGACAUGACCCAGGCCAUCAAUGGCCUUGUUUGUAUCUAUGAUAAUACGGAUAACCUCAUUUUCUUGUGCAAUAUUUUCACCCGUGAAAAUUUGGAGCUUCCAUCCCCACGAUUAGAUACUCGUCGCGCUAAAUAUUAUUUUGGAUACGAUCCAAUUAAAGAUUUGUACAAGUUACUUAAAAUAUGUUCAGACGAAGUUGGUGAUAUUUUGACUUUGGGGAUUGACACACCAAUAUUCCGUGAUGGUUAUCCUUGUGAGAUUCUCACUCUGGGGGUUGACUCCUCCUGGAGGGUCAUCCCUCCUGCAACUCUUGAUUUAAAGACACAGAGCAUUUGCAUUGAUGGGGUUCUGUAUUGGGGUCGGGAUUGUCAUCCUAAUUAUUCAGUGGUUGCUUUUGAUCUAAUGGAGGAGGAGUUUCGGGUUGAACCCAUACCUGAUUAUAUGACAGAGACCAACAAAUGGAACCGGUUUAAUGUUAUGGAACUUGGAGGAAGGCUUACCUUGGCACAGGUCGAAGCAUGCUUAUUUGAUGACGGGAAAUUGAUCUUAUGGGAAUUCCAUGAUCAUCAAGUAGGGUGGACCAAACACAUUGUUGAGUUGCCAACAGAGUUGAGCGAAGAGGGAUGCCGUUUUCCUGUUGGAAGCCUCCCUACCGGAGAAUUGUUACUUGCUGAUUACAGACUUAAGUCUCCAAUGAGUGUUUAUUCUUAUGAUCGUGAAAAAGGGAAGUUUGAAAAGUUUUUGAUGGCCGAGUUCCCUUCAUCUCUGGCUUUAGUGUGCAGGGAAGCAAAGCUUGGAAUAACUUAUCACAAGGGAAACUUUCCCCGGUUGGAUCAUAUGAUCAAAGGUUGCAAUUCACUUUCAUCAUAUGUGCCAUUAUCAGAUAGACAUUUCAUCCUGUGAAUGCAGGAGAAUGAAAGGGGGAAAAAGGUCCAAUUGUCUGUUUUAAAUGUUUCAGUAGAUCUUUUAUGUUACAACAUAUUAGCUCGUUCCCACAUGUUAUAAACAAAAACAUUUCCUGAAGUUUGAGGAGAGCAUCUUGUGAUGACAUUUGUAUGGAACUAUGAUUAAAGUAUAUUUAUUGAGCACAAUGUGAGUUGAAACUGGAAAGUUAAUUUUAUCA